GAUUCGUGAGUUAAAAAAGAAAAAAAGUUUAUAACAAAUAAAAUACAAAAAAAAUAUGAUAUGCUGUCACAAAUAUUUUUAUGUUGAUGUUCUAUGUUGAUGUGCCAAGCUAGAAAUUUAUUGUAGAGAAUUUACUAUGUCAAUCUUAGCAUUCAAAAACAUAAAAGGUGAAGCGCUGUAGUCCAUAACGACCAAAAAAUACCAAAACAUGGCAAGUUACACCUAAAGGAUGCAAAACAACAGUUGAUGGUUCAAAUCCCAGUUGCAAAAUCUGAAAUAUUCCUGAUGGACCUUGACACAAUGUUUAGAACAACCAUUUAUACGAUAAAAAGUGAAGCAUUGCAAUGUUCAAAGACAAAUCUGGGACAAAGGAAGAGCUGGCCAGGCUCACCCUCUUGGUGAUCAGCCCUGGUUGCGUGAUAUUAGAAAUGGGUGUUAAAUCUCUGGAUCACACUACAGCACUGAAAUGGCGUGAUAUAUGUGGCAAAACAGAAGCAAUCCUACUUGGGCUCUGAAGCAUUUCAUGUUGCAGUGUUGCAAGAACGUCGACACGGUGGAGAUGCUCAAGGAGGGGGCCGUACGAAAGAUGUUGCCAGACACUGCCAGAAGUGCUUUUGAUGUGGUCGCGGUAAGCCUGCAUGCCCAGGCUGAUACGUAGCAUCUGAUUUGAACUAAAUCGACUGUAUUGUGGAGAUUUAGCGGGGAAGAGGAUGGGGAGGAGAGCGGCGAUGACUGGCGUGGGACGUAUUAAAAAUGGAGGGUGGGAAGAAUGUGGGUGCCCUCAAUCGACAGUAUCCUUCGGCUCGUUCAAGCAGGAUUUCUCGACAGUUCCGCAUGUGUGCUUGGUCUCCAAAGACGAGAAGCACAAGCACUACGUUUUCGAUCGCGAGGCUUACGAGAGAGCUUGUCAGGCUCCAGGGGAUAGCCCACUCGGCCAGUGGGUUGCCACAAAGCUUGAACAGGCGCGGUUGUUCGUGGCCAGGCCACCUGAACAACCACCAAAACCGCCUGAGCCAUGGCGGUUUGACGAGCAGUCAAGCUUUGCAUUACCGUUGGAACGGGGAUGGCGCCCAUGGAAGCCGGAGAAUGACGCAUUUCACGUCGAUAGUGAAACAAAUUUUGAGAUGUAUGGCAGAAUGCUAGAUGACUUCUUUCACUUGCUGUGACUUGAAGGUAACAUGAAGGAAUUGAUGUUUGAGAGCGGCGAGGCUUGGCUUGUAACAUGCGGGGAGGUUAAUCGAACGGUCACAGUCAGGUCGAGAACUUGUUUCAAGAACGACCGCUGUUUCGUCACCGCGAACAAUGAGUUCCACGCUUGAUUGACGCAAAUGUCGAGAGUCGCUAACAUGAGGGAGCCGAUUGUGAAACUCCUGAAAAGUUGUGGUUUAGCGAAUCGCGUGAAACACAUGCGACGCCUGCUGGAUAUUCGCAUGGACGCAAAUGUCCGGCAAGGAGGUUGUGGCCAUUGCU